ACUUAUUAUAUAGUUAAAAAUAAAUAAAAUUAAAAGUUAGAAAGAAGAUAAGGUAACGUUAUCACUGCUGAAAGAAUGGCAACCACCAUUUCCAGUACUGCAUGUUCAUCGUUGUUCCAUCUGCAUUUUAACAGUUGGAGGAAAUUAAGUUCAAGAAUGUUAGAGUCUAAUGUUUUGUGCAAACCAAGAAGGCAACGGCCCAUUUCUGCAAAUUAUAAAUCUGGAAAUGGAAAGAAACUUUAUCUUGGUAUGGAUUUUGGAACAUCUGGAGCUCGGUAUGCUCUUAUUGAUCGUGAAGGGAAUAUUCAUGCUGAAGGGAAGAGAGAGUAUCCCCUUUAUAUGAAGGAGGAAAAAAUGGAGUGGAUACAAUCAUGGAAAGACACACUCUUUUUACUCCUUGAUGAUGUCCCAGUGAGUCUUCGCACAAUUGUUGCAUCCAUUGCCAUUGAUGGGACCUCAGCAACAACUAUCAUCAUGGAUCGCGUGAGCGAAGAGCCAUUAUGUAGACCAUUCCUGUAUAAUGAGAGCUAUCCCGAUGCUUUGCCUUUGGUGAAGUCUAUUGCUCCUCCAAACCAUACCGUCUGCUCUGGAUCCUCUACACUUUGCAAGCUUGUCUCAUGGUGGAACUCUUAUGAUUCAAGCAGGGAAUCUGCAGUAUUGUUACAUCAAGCAGAUUGGUUACUGUGGAUACUCCAUGGCAAGCUAGGUGUGUCUGACUAUAAUAAUGCUCUCAAGGUUGGCUAUGAUCCUGAACUGGAUUCCUAUCCACCUUGGCUUCUAUGUCAGCCAUAUUCUCAUCUUUUACCUUCCGUGCAACAUCCUGGUACUAAAAUUGGGUGUAUGAAGGAGGACAUAAGAGCUCAGUUUGGUUAUCCAAAGGACUGUCUUAUCUGUACAGGAACCACGGACAGUAUAGCAGCAUUUCUAGCAGCACGUGCUACUCUACCUGGGAAAGCCGUAACAUCUUUAGGUUCAACACUUGCUAUUAAACUACUUAGCACCAGAAGGGUAGAAGAUGCUCGAUUUGGAGUAUAUAGCCACCGUCUUGAUGAUAAAUGGCUUGUUGGAGGUGCUUCAAACACAGGGGGAGCAGUUCUUAGGCAACUCUUCUCUGAUGAGCAGUUGAAGAAACUAAGUGAGCAGAUAAAUCCCCUUGAAGCUUCUCCUCUCGAUUACUAUCCCCUUCAAGAAGUUGGUGAAAGAUUCCCCGUGGCAGAUCCAAACAUGGAGCCAAGGUUACAUCCACGUCCAGAAAACGAUGUUGAAUAUUUGCAUGGUAUUCUUGAAUCGAUUGCUCGCAUUGAGGCAAAGGGAUACAACUUGCUGAAGGAUCUCGGGGCCACACCUGUCGAAGAAGUGAUCACUUCGGGAGGAGGCUCACAAAAUGAAAAAUGGAUAAAGAUACGAGAGAGGGUACUCGGCUUGCCUGUGAGCAAGGCAAAUCAGACUGAAGCUGCCUAUGGAGCUGCAUUAUUGGCAAUGAAGGGUGCUUGUGAAAAUACAACAUCUGAUUAAAGAUCAAAGCACUCUAUGAAAAACAAUAUAAUGAUGAUUCUAAAAUUGAUUAUAACCUGAUUGAUGUUUGUACUAUAUGACAUUGUCAAGAGCAUGCUGAAAAGCACCAUUUGACCAAUCGAAUAUUAAUAAAAGGCAUUUGUUAUCAAA